CACGGGGCCGCCCGCCUUUUGAAAUGCCCGAGCGCAUUGGGCGGACACCAUAUAUUAUAUUCUUACUUAUUUUCUAUUAACUAUAGUUGUUUUAUUAUAUAUUUACUGUUCUACUGUUCAUAAUUUAAUAUUCAUUAAAUCAUACCCUCAAGCCAGUGCUAAAUUUAAACAACAUGUGUUUAUAGAAUGAAAGUGUUCGUCGUAGUUUAAAUUCCAAACAUUGUUGCAUUCAUCGUACGUUAUUUCUGUAAUGUGGACUUAAGUUAACAGUGCUUUAUAUUUCAAUAUAGUGGACAUCAAUUAUAUAUUAAGGCAGUAUUAAAUUAAAGUGCAAUCAGUUUUAUAUUUUGUUUUAAAGAUACAUUCCAAUAAUCUUCGUUACGUUACGAUCGGGCGGCACGCAUGAAAUUAUUGUUGUAUAUAAAUAUCCCAGACAAUCGCACACAUGGCGACAGUAAAAGACUCCACCGAAGUCACAGAAGAAAAGUCUAGCAGACAAGCUAAGAUAGAUCAGAGAGAGUUGACUGAUUUGCCACCCAGUGGGACUUCUUUACAUAGACGGCGAAGAGGUGAACCACCGGCAACGUUAUCCGUCAAGUCACCACAAACUCCAUCCGAUGCUGAAGGCUCUUCACCGUGCACUGGUCCAACUCCAGAAGAUUGGGUUUUUGAUGGUGAUACAACUGACCCUGAAAACUUUUGCGAUCGGAUGCUUCAAAAACUAAAAAACAAAAAUGAUCUUACUUCUAACAGAACACGAAAGCUUGCUUCGCAAACAAAAGAGACCUUAGAAGAGUUGGAUCAGUUAGAAAAGUUACUAGAACUCCUUAAUCAAUUUGUAUCUUUGAAACAUCAAAACGAUCGGCUCCUGAAGAAACUUCAGGACGUAGAACAUAUGAAGAGACUCCACAAUGCAUAUAAAAAGAUAAUUCAGGAAAAUGAGAAACUGAAAGAUGAAAGUAAGGAGUUGGAGCAGAUAAAUGAGGCUUUGGAUGCGGAAUUAGAAUGUGAUUAUGGUCAAGCUCUGUUUGACUCAAUGUUGACUGGGGGAAGGAGUAUGAAGCGCUCCGGGUCUAAAUGGAAGACUCAUGGCAAGUUUGGCGGGUCUUUGUUGAGGAAGCAGAGGUCUCGAUCAGCCGGUGGAGAAGAUGACCUACUACUUAGUUCUCCACUGAGAAGGAGAUCCGAUUGCUUGUUUUCUAAGGAUGUUGAGAAAUCUAAAAUCUCUAAUUGGACAAGAGUUAAGUCUGCUUUUAAAUGGGAAAAGGCACACUGGCCAGCAUCAACUAUAGGUGGAGCAGCAGCUGUGGCUGCCGGAGCGAUGGUGGGAGCCGUGGCUUUGGCUGGAUCCUCUCCAGCAUCAGGUCUCGCCAACAAUGAACAUGACUCAGCAAGCCUGACGCCAAUCAGCGCUAUGUCGAUGACACCUAACUCUUCCUGCGAAGAAUUAAGAUUAGAUGCAGGUCCAUCCAGAAAAAGCAUUUCAAUGAGAAUGGACGAUCAGGAUCACAACUACCUCCAGCCACCAACACAGGACGACAGUUCAACAUCACCAUCACCAAAUAAACUCAUGAAGAGUCCGUGGGGCAAGAUGAGAGACAUUAUCCAGACACAUCGGGACUCUGUGAAGAAAAAGGGAAGAACAGCGAAGAGUCCAGACAUUGUACUAACGAGACGGAAGUCAUUUAGCGAUGGAGGGGAGAGUGACGCGCCUCCCGCCCUCACCCUUACCAUACCAUCAUCUGAGGAACUAGAAUCAGAAGGGUCGCACCACAUUCUUCGUAAGCAACGGUCCCUGGAGCUCGGAGCCCGACCGCCGCAGCGCCCGCGGGACUCCAAGUGGUCCAGGGUCAAGAGAGCCUUCCUCACGUCAGCCUCAGCGUCCAUGCCCUCCAGCCCCAACCGACACUCUGCCUUCUUCACUGAUGCAGAGACGGAAGGUGUAAGUAGUGGUUGCGAGGCGAGCGCGGUAUACGAGGAGAUCGCCCGCGACUACGCCGCGCUGCAGACACGCCUGGGGAGGGAGUUCUCCGACAGACGAGGGAAACUCAACAUUCACCACGCUAAGCUACCCUCUCGACCAGUUGCGACAGAGGACGAGCUAUCUGCAGACUUUCACAAGAAGCUGACAGAAUGGCGCAUGAAGGGUCAACACGGGAAGCAGCCUCCCCCCGUUCCGGCGCGCCAGGAUCUCAGCGAUGACUUUCUGAAAAAGUGGGAUGAGUGGCAGCGUAUGAAAGAAACAAACUCGGUGCCAGCUUGGGAAGACCAUGCGAAGCCUGACGAAGUACGAGUUCAAACUUCCACUGGACUUUUCAAAUUUCACGGAAUAUCCCGGUCAUUCACUCGGAAGCUGCAUGAGUGGGAGAAGUCCCGCGGGAUCGCCCCGGAGGCAUCCACGUCGGCACUCCUGCGAGCUGCCCGCGCCGCGCCUGGGCCCAACCUGCCCGCGCUCACCAGGACCCAGAGCGACGGCAGCGUGGGGCCCGUGGGGGGAGUCAGUCGUGUGCAUGUCUCCAGCCUCAGCGUCAACGAUGCUGAUGACUUAGAUGCGGAACUCGAGCGAGAGAGAUUGUUGGAAGCGACUGAUGAGUGCGACGGUAAGAAACCACGUGAAGCAGUGCUGGUUGAAGUGGAAGCUGAGGAGAUCUGCACAGCAGCGCCUCUGGUGGCUGUAUCUCCGAGGCACACGCCACAGAAGCCCGUAUACACCUAUGACCAAGCUGAGCCCAGGCUUCUGUGUGAGACCUCAGCUGCUAUCACCGGUACAGCGGUCUUGCAGCCAAAUGGAGCUGAUAUCCAUACUGCAACAUCUAGUUAUUCAACUGGAGCUAAAGUCAAAUCAACCCGUGAACAGAUUAAAACUACGGAGAAAUCGAUGAGACGUAGAAUUUCACGGCAAACAAGUUUAGAAGAAGACGCAAAGUUUAUAAGACAAACAAUCAAAGAAAUAGAGAGAGGUUCACGUUACAAAGAAAGUGCUAGUUCUGACAAAGAGAAAGAUAGCGUCGUGGAAAUAGAACCAAAUUAUUCCUAUUUUAACACAAAAGGCACGAAACAACUGGAUAGUUUGAAAGAAAACAAAAAUGGUAAGGACAAUGAUGGACUAAAGGAAGAAAAACGUAAAGAAUUCGAUAAAGGUAACGGUAAAAAGAAAUCUAAAUCUAGGGCUCGCUUAGAAAGGCAGCAGUCUAAGCCUUCUGAGAGUGACACUGAACCAGAUAUAGACACAGUUACAGUUGAAAUACCAAGAAGAAAGAAAAGGACACGCCGACCUUCUGAAAGACCUAGGACUCCUCCGACAUCGAUUCAUUCCGAUUCUGAGGGUGAAGUAUUUGUUUUAAAAUUGAAAGCAUCAGAAGUUCACGACAUAACACCGGAAGUAAUAGUUAAGACAACUCGAAAAAUUUUCUCCCCUGUUGUGCGAAGUGGUGAAACUAUACCGAGGGCAGUUAUUCCAUUAGAUGUAGAAGACUUACCUGCUGUUCGAGCAAGAAGUGAACAACAAAAUAAUGCAAACACGAAAAAGCCAGACCAUAAGGAAUCAAAGUCAUCAAUACCAUCUAAAGAAUCCGGAAAGAGCUCUGGAGACGUUCAAGAUGAGGAACUGAGGACAAAGUCUAGACCACCGCUUCCUGUCUCACCACCUUCUCAAAGGAAACUACCACCAAAAGAAACUGCACCCUCCAUUCGUAUUAUGAUUCAACGUUACAACCAAAAAAUUAAUGAAGAAGGUCCACCUUCUGGCGCAAGCAGCGGAACCACUUCACCAUCGUGGCGUUCUCCAAAACUUGAACGGAGACGACCUCCCGACAUGCCGGCUGGUGUUAAUAUCAGAAAAAAUCCAUUCCUGGAAAGAGAAGUACAAAAAUCUGCCAGUGCUUGUCAAUUAUCGCGGCGGGAACAAAUCUUGCCAGAAAUUAGUCCAGCACCAACUCAACUGACUGCAGAUGGAGUGCUAAAAUCUCACAGUGCGAAUGCUUUGCAUCCUCAACAAGCACAAAUUAACAUUUUACAGGAAGCAAGCCUGCAGUUGGAAAGCCUUCAAGUGUCAGCGUCGCCAAGCGUUGAAACUAUUGUUCCGAGAAUUGUUAAUACAAUUGAAAAAGAGUCGUUAGUGAUGAGACAACAUUCCAUGGUGACAGUUUCAACACUACCUAGGUUAAUAGAUAACAUCGGUUUUGGAAGAUCAAUAUCAACAGUUGAUGAUAGAACACAGGAAUGCCUUGUUACAACAACUGAACGACUUUCGGAACGGGCGGCAAAAAUAAAGGCGGCCAAAGAAAGAUUCUUGGCGUCUCCACCGUUGUUGAGACGAGAGGGUACAAAUUCAGCAAGCGAUCUGCGACCUGCGGAUAGAUCAAAUCGAAUUAGCUGCGAGAGUGACGCGGCCGAGGGAGCAGCAGCGUCUAGGCAAGAGGGGCAGCUGGGGCGCAGUGCCUCUACUGGCAUGGUCAAUGUCGACAGGGAGGCCUGGCAGAGAGUAGCCGAAGGCGUGGAAGGGCGGCGGUCCCGAGUUCGACCGCGGUUCAACCUGGCUCGCCUGGUAGGCAUGGUGCGGCGGAAGGACGACAGUGCGGUGUCGCGUCUGUGUCGACAGAGUCUACUGGUGCAGUUGCGGAAUAAAUAAACCAUUUAAGCAGAUAA